GUUGGCAUCGCCGUUCUAAACAUGACCGCGCGCAAGACAGAGCAGCAAAUAUGCAGAUGGUGGCAACUGGUGCGAAAGAGCUCACCCCGGUUAACAAUGGGUGCGAAAGAGCACACACUAUGUACAACAAAUGCCCAACGAAAGAGCUGCCAAGACAGACACGCGCUUAUUUCGAGCAGAAAAUUCCACACAAUAAAUCACAAAUAAAGAUAAAUUAUUAAAGCAAAAUGUCAACAUCGGGACGGAAACGUAAACAGCAGCUAAAGCCGCGUCAAGACGUGCACCGUUCGCCGGUGAAACGGCAAAGUUUAGACGUUAAAACGGAACCGCUGCUUACCAGCGUCUAUCCCCUGGCCGACUAUGACUGUGUGGAUAUAAAACCCGACCUGACCGAGCUCCAGCUGCAACUCGCAGUGGCAAGUCAAAAUGAAGUGACAGCAGCUGCCGCCGCAGCAGCAACAUCAGCAGUUGUGCCAUCCUUAGUUGAGGAUGAAAAACCAGAGUUGGAGCAGCAGAGUGAUUCAGACGAAGAUGGUUAUUCGGAAAUUAAUUUUAGUGCAGCGCACGAUGUUUUUUGUGAUGAUGAAGUUGACGACUAUGAUCCGGAGUGGACGGCAACGCAAACGACGCCCCGACUGAUAUUUAAGUUCUACGCGCAACCUGGGCAAACGGGGCUCAAGGCACUGAGGAAGCUGACCUGCCCCUUGUACUACUUCAACCAGCUGCUGGGCAAUCGGGUCGAGUUCUUUGGCCAGCUGGCGGGUGGCUGCAAUGGACGUAAUGCCACACUAAAGGCCAGCGCCGAGGAACUGGAAACAUUUGUGGGGCUCAGCUUGCUGAUGUGUGAUAUGAAACUGCCCCAGCUGAGCGACUAUUGGAGCGAGCACACAUUUCAAGGAUUCUCGGGAUUCACGUCAAAAAUGGGGCAGCAGCGCUAUCUGGAUCUGCUGCACUCACUCAGCUUCGCCAUGCUGCCAGGAGCGGGCACAAUGGAAAACACAGCCGCCGGAGAUGCGGGCAAGCUGAUAAGCUUCUACAAUACGCGCAUGGCGGAGCUAUAUGCGAGCGGGCAGCAGUUGGUGCUCAACGAGCCCAUUGUCCAAUGGAAGGGGCGAUUCAGUUACCAUAACGAGCUGCCGCUGAAGCAGCGCAACAAUGCACUCACGCUGCACCUGCUGAGCGAGCAGAACGGCCUGAUCAUACGCAUGCUGCCGGAACGCAUGGACCCGCAGCGACAGCUGGCGCGCAAUUCCCGGCAGCUGGUGGCCCAUCGCUGCGAGGUGGUGCUGCAGCUGCUCCAGUCGCAUGUGCAGCGCGGCCACAGCGUCUAUGCGUGCAAGUAUUACGGCAGCUAUGGACUGGCGCACGAGCUGGCCAAGCUUGGCACUUACUGCAGCGGGCUGCUGGACCGAAAUCGCUACGGGAACAGCAAGGCGCUCAUCUACCAGCAGCUGUCGCCCAAUAGCAUCGCUACCAGAUAUGCAACGCCCCUCAUGAUGGCCAAGUGGCGGCGGCGCCGGGAGAAGUGCGUCUAUUUCUACAGUUCCGACUGCCUGGCCAUCUACGCCAAGGAGAUGUCCAUGCAGAAGAUAAACGCCCGACCAAAGCUCAUACAAGAGCUGGACUUCCAGCUACGACCCACUGCUCAGUCCACGCGCCAACAGCUAAUCAGCUGCCAGCCGAGCUGCGCGGGUCUGCAGCAGCAGCAGCAGCUGGCCAUCUUCCUGCUCAAUCUGCUGGUUUUCAAUGCACACGUGCUCUACGUGGGCAAUGCGCAGCCGACGCGCGGCUUUGAUGCCACCAAAUUGAAGAGCUACGCCGAGUUCCGGACGAGCAUUAUUAAGUCCCUGCUAAAGGAGGAUCAGGCGACGCCGGCUGCUGCCGCAACUCCCGCGUCACCGAGCACCCCGAAUUCGAGCAGCAAGCGACAAGAGCAAUCAAAUUCGAAGAGAUCCACCCACCAGCGGGGAUCAGCAGCAUCAACGGCGCAGCCCGAGCCCGAACCUGAACCGAAGCACGAAUUGAUACUCAUUCAGCGAAAUGGGAAGCCAACGCGCAAGAACUGCAGGCAUUGCCACAAGGGAGGCAUGCUGCAGUUCACCCGGUACAUGUGCAAGCUCUGCCCGGAUAUGCCGGGUCUCUGCCUGAAUCCCUGCUUUCGCCUCUGGCACGACCUACUGCAGCAGCAGCAGAAGAGUCCCAAUUGAGUCACAUUGGACGCAAGACGAAUGGAAACAUAAUGAACUACAAACUGAUUUCAAAUGGAUAACGAUAUAGAUAAGCUAUAAUAAUAUGCCUAUAGAUAGUUAAUAUGGAUAUCGAGGGGUAUAUUGUUUGUUAAGAAUCUGAAUGAAUACCUCUUAUAAAGUUUAUGAGAAUGUACAUCCAACAA